UGGCGCAGAAUAUCGCGCAGAACGACGGUGGCUUUCAUGGAGCGCGUACGCGGUGGAUUGUAAACGAUAUAUCCGUGCGAAGCCAAGCGGACCACUCACACGGACGGGCACGCUUUCUCUCCCUCCUUUCUCUCUCUCUCUCUCUCUUUCUCUUUCUAUCCCCCUCUCUCUCUCUUUCUCUCUCUCUCUUACUCUGUCCUUCGCUCCGUCUCCUCCGUCUGUCGCUUCGCGAUCGCGGACGGUACGACGCACGCUCCCUUUCUUGACGUAUCCCCGCCGCGGCCGCCGCCGCCGGAGAUCCUCAGUCUCGCGGUAAAGGACGUCGCGCGAGCUUCAGAGUUACAGGGCGUCUGAGAAGAAGAGGACAUAAAGAUGGCAGAGGACAAGAACGAGACCAGCCCGAGCGCCGAGGGCGAGAAGCCGCCGCAGGAGACGGCAGCGGCGUCCCCGCCGGCCAAGGAAGAGCGCAAGGAAGACGACAAGAAGGUCGUCGAGGAGAAUGGCGAGGGCGAGAAGCCGAAGGAGAACGGCGAGGAGAAGAGCACGCCGGAGCCCAAGGAUAUGCGAGCGAUCGUGCUCAACGGUUUCGGCGGUCUGAAGAGCGUCAAGGCCCUGAAGAAGCCGGAGCCCACCCUCGGCGAGGGAGAGGUCCUUAUACGCGUCAAAGCUUGUGGAUUGAGCUUCCAGGAUCUGAUGGCCAGGCAGGGCGCGAUCGACUCGCCCCCGAAGACGCCGUUCAUCAUGGGCUCGGAGUGCGCAGGCGACAUCGAGCAAGUCGGCGAGGGGGUCGAGAAUUUCAAAGUGGGUGACAGGGUAGUCGCUCUUCCCGAUCACAAAGCGUGGGCUGAGCUGGUCGCCGUGCCAGCGACGUCCGUUUUUCCGCUGCCGUCCGGGAUGAGCUACCUCGACGCGGCCGCCAUCACCAUGAAUUACACCGUAGCUUACAUCGUGCUCUUCGAGCUGGCCCAUCUCACGCCCGGCAAGAGCCUGCUGCUCCACAGCGCCGGCGGUGGUGUGGGUCAAGCGGUGGUACAGCUUGCGAGAACCGUGAAGGAUGUAACCAUCUUCGGUGUGUGCAGCAAAUCUAAGUGCGAGACUCUCAAAAAUGCCGGAACUAUCGACCAUCUGCUGGAACGCGGCGCGGACUACAGCACCGAAAUCAGAAAAAUUUCUCCGGAAGGCGUAGACAUCGUCUUGGAUUGUCUAUGCGGCGAAGAAUGUAACAAGGGCUACGCCCUUUUGAAGCCAAUGGGCAAAUAUAUCCUUUAUGGAUCCAGCAAUGUCGUCACCGGGGAAACUAAGAGCUUCUUUUCUGCAGCGCGAUCAUGGUGGCAAGUCGAUAAAGUAUCGCCCAUAAAGCUGUUCGACGACAAUAAGACAUUGUCCGGAUUGAAUCUGCGCCACUUGUUGUACCAGCAAGGUAGUCACGCAUUCGUACGACGGGCGGUGAAUCAAGUGUACUCACUGUGGAGCGAGGGCAAGAUCAAGCCGGUGAUAGAUUCAACAUGGGCGCUGGAGGAUGUGCCCGAGGCCAUGCAAAAAAUGCACGAUCGCAAGAACAUCGGUAAGAUCGUGUUGGAUCCGAGUCUGGAACCGAAGCCCAAACCAGCUACGCCAGCUAAGGGCAAAGCGAAAGACAAGAAGGCCGCGAAUCAGGAGGAGAAAAAGGCAUCUAGCGUAGAAUCCGAGGAAGGGGAGAAGAAGAAGGAGCCCGAGUUGACAAACGGUACCUCAGAAGACAAAUCUGAUAGCGAUUCGAAAGAGAAGGAAUCUAGCUGAAUUAGCGAUAGUAACUAAUCCUGUAAGAACAAAGAAAUGAUACCCAUAAACAUCAAGGAAAUUCCAGGAAAGUACUAUUGCUGAUCCAUCGCUGUUAUCCGAGAGAACGAUAAAUUUGAGCAAACGAAUGAUAUAGCGUAGAAUUUACAUGCAGAUGAUUUACAAUGAGAGAACUGUAAUAUUGUAUGAUCGGACGAAGAAAGGGUAAUCUCUUUCUUCGAACUGUUACCUGUGAAACAUAGAAUUCAAAAUUUCAAUUUAACGAGUAAUUGAUCGCUUGCACUGUAAGCUAUACACUGUUUUUUUUUUUACGGCGAAACAGCUGUCCUUUUUGUCAUCUGCAUGUAUUUGUUCUACUCACAUUUACGCCGAGAUUAAGAAUUGAGCGAGUGAAGGAGAAUCAACCAGCAUAUUGCAUAAGAAUGAGAGAAUCAACCAAAUAGAAAUAACAAUCUUGAUGCGGUCCACAGUAGUUUACAGAAUAUAAGAACGUUAUGUUUAUUUUUUCACACCGACCAAAUGGUUAAUUUUGCAAGGAGUUAAGUAAACAACUGUUGGAUACCAAAUAGUUAUUAGGCAGCUUGGUUCGUUUUAUUCGUUUAUAUAUCGUCAUCGUUUUAGGAAAUGGUAACAACCUUUCCGUACUUAUCAAACAAUUAUGAAAACAUAUAAUAGAAAUAUAAGCGGUUUAACAAUUGUAUGUUGUCCAACAGCUAUCUACUUGGCUCUGUCUAUUUGUAUCGAGUACUAUCGCUGCUAUUAUGAUAUAUACUAACAAUCUCUUACAUUAAUAUAAUAUUACCUCUAUUUGUAAUUUAAUGGGAUAAAAUAACAUAUUGCGCUAGAGUUUCCGUGGAGAAGAGCUAAACGCGGGGCUGCAUUACUUUCGUAUGUAAAUUUUAUGUAUUAAAGAUGUUUUUACGCCACCUUAUUAUUCAUCGUGAUGCUUUUGUCACGAUGAAAUAUCCUUUUAAAUUUUAACGAUAUAGUCAUGAAAGUCAAGAAUAAUAUUUAGCAUUACAUAUUAUGGGGCAUUUCGCUGGAAUUUAGACACUCUUUUUUCAUACUCUUUCAUACUUUGUAGUUUUUAUGUAAAAUCAAUUGUAAACUUCAAGAUUUUCCUACGCUAAAAUGGAAAAGUAAAAAAAAAGGUUAAAGUGUCUAAAUGUAACUGCCUGAAAACUUAUUGCAAUCGGUAUUUUUCUAUAAUCAGGAUUCUAUCUUUCUUCAAAUCACUGAUAUGUACUGAUCUCUGCAACGAUAUAUCAACGAGAUGUUUCGAAUUAAGUUUUUUGGAAAUUCAACGUAAUGCAAAAUUAUUUGAUGAGGAUAAAUGCAUUCGUUGAUGUUUAUUACGUGCUAAAACAUUUGGAUAACGAUCAGAUUUUAAUACCUAAUCUGAAUGUAAGAACUAACUGAUGUAUAACAUGAAUUAAUUAAGCGAAAAUGUAAUUAGACUGAUUAAUUAUGGCUUGAAAUUGUAAAAGCCUAAUAGAGACAUUGCUCGGCACAGAAGUGCUUUGAGAAUUAUCUUAGCGAAAUGUUGGCGUAUUAUUAUUUCUACGUGAAAGAGAGAAACUUUUGAAUCGGUUUCAAGGAUAGGAACACUGAGCGUACGUGCUCGUACAAUACGCAUGUCUCGUCGUUUUUAUUCGAAUAUACGGAUCGACAAUGUAUUUUAAAGACUCCGAGUAACUUUUUAUCGUUUAAAUGAAAUUUUAUAAACAUUUUAAUAACGUUGCAUCAACAUAUGUACAUGAAGAGUAAUUUAAAGAAUUAGCAUCUUAGAAGUAUAUCGCUUUUCUUUUUUCUUUCUACAAAGGAACGACAGUUUAAAAGUGGAACAGUUUAAAAGUAUGCAAAGGCCUCAUUUUUUUUAUUAUCGCAUACUUGCAUGAAUGCAGUUGUGUCGCUUGAACGCCGAACGCGUGACUGCAGUUCCGAUAAGUUACGUGAAAAUCCGCAUUGCGGACUUUCCCUCGACUUUCGAAUUUUCGAGUUAUAUUUUAGCGGUCGGCCGCGAUAUAUUUAUGCGAUGUAUCGUGGGCCGUUCUGCGCGAGUAAACAGUAAAAGGACGCGUGAUCUGUUGAGCGAGGUUUCGUACUAAUAUAAACGAAAGAUUAAAAAUCCUCGCGAGUUUCGAGGAGGUAGAGAACAAAAGGAAGGAAGAAGAAAAAAAAGAAGAUCUCGAGGGCGUGUCCUCGACGGAACGCGGCUCGGUGAAGGAGCUGGCCGAUGCAGAACAAAGUGUGCAUAUCUCUCCGGAACGUUGGAACAAUUUUGAUGUAGCCGAUUUCGUUAGGAUUUGAUACUAGCUCUGUAUACCGAUAUCUAUAUUAUACAAAUCACUAUGCGAGAUGAAAAAAGAGUUACGCGGUCGAGGGGAAAGGUAUGUGUAUCGACGAUAUCCCGCACGCUAGUCCCGAGCCCGUCUCGGGAGAGGCGCGCGUAUAAGCGCCAAGAAUUAACUGCCGUAUCGAAUCUCUCGGUCCAAGGAUACAUAAUACUAAUCCUUACUCGAGAAAACGUAUCAGUCUGAAAAAGAAAAAGACAAAAAAAAGUGUGGGGAAAAAACUGCGAAAAACAUGGUAAAUGUGGCUGCAUAUUUUGAGACAUCUUUUAAACACGUAACGAUAACACACGAUAAAUUCCACACGAGACGAACACGAGUACACACGAGUACACGCUCACACACGGAAUUACGAUGACACUACACAUCAUACUGUAUAUUUUAUUGUAAGGCUUUAAAUGUUUCAUGAAAUAACUCUAUUAUAUUAUAAUAUAUCUAUAUAUUUGUAUCGAUCGUUUCCUCCUGCCCUGAUUACUUUUUUUUUUACUUAGGUCCGAAACGUCAGGAUAAGAAUCCGGGAUCUGUGCAGGUGUUACACGUGGGAUUGGAUGCGAGGGUUUUUGAAUUUGAAGCGUAUAGAUCGAUUGGCGUGAGGGAAUGUCAUUUCGGGAUAAUUAGUAACGUUAAUCAAACAGCCAAGUUUUUUACACGCAACUGCCGCUAAGAAAUCGCGUUUCCAGAAAUGUUUUUGCGCUCUCUUGGUUGAAGGACGACCUCGUGAAUAUAUUGCAUUCAAUAUAUUUUCUGUAUAGCUAGUAGUAUGGCUCUUUUGUACUCUCGGUUAUUUCUCCCUCGACGAAAGAGAGACGAGAUAUUUCAUGUAUACUUUGCGUAAUUAACUGCCUUUGACGAGAAACCGCGAAUAAGGCCGAGCUCAUUACGUUGAUUUAUAUUGAUUAUUAGCAUAUUUAAUCACUGUUUUCUGGAAAUGCUUACUUAAAGCGAACUUAAAAGCGGAUUAAUAAAUCAUGCAUUCCUUUGAUAUUACAACGUGUUUUAUAACUGCGAAACAUUUAAUGUAAUUUUGAAAAAGCGUUUUAAUUAGGAACAUAAAUCUACGUCAACUAUGUUAGUGGGUAUGUUUUUAUCAACCGAAUUUUUAGAUUUUUUAUGGAGCUACUAAAUUUACUGUGUUAUUCUGUAUGACGUGCACGUUCACAUUUAAAUCGUUCGACUAAGUCACUUUUAUAGUAAAUUUUACAAUCCGACUGAAUUAAAAGUUUUUUAAACUGUGGGAUAAUCUGCGCAAAUCCGCUCCGAAAUGCAUUUGAUAGUUUUAAGAAUUAAAAAUCAUUUUGUACUAUUGUCGCAAGAAUCGUCAAGUGAUAUAAUUCAUCAUUCGCUCGUUUACGCUAGAAUAAAUCUUUAAGCCAAUUGCGUAUACAUUAUAAAUCAUCGUCGAGAAUGACGAAAAGAAAUUAUUCGCAGUUGCCGCAGAAAAAGUGGGUAUGCGGCGGGAAUCAGUUUCCAAGCUUCAAUAACAAUUUUCAGCCGUUGGAAGAAUGGUUUCAUUCUCGUCUCAAGGCUACGACCAUUCCGUUUAGCGCGAUAGACAAAAGCUAGAGAAAAAGAAAGCGAAAGAGAGAGAGAGAGAGAAAGCGAAAGAGAGAGAGAGAGAGAGAAAGGAAGUUGAGAAUGUUGUGCGUCUUAUUAGUUAUGCGAAACCGCAUCGUUGGAGAGCAGGACCUACAAUUUCGCGAACGUGAUACAUGAUUAUGAUUGUGUAAAAUUGUAAAAUUUGUCGAGGGGUCCGGGUGAAAGCGACGCUCUUUUUUCGGCUGUGAGACUCUUGGGUCGCGGACCGCAGCAUUCGCCGAAGAUACUCACGAAAGAAGGAAAGGAUAUCUUCGCCCGCUCCCCGCCAAGCUUGAUAUAUAGAUUGUAUUUUUGGCUUAUUACUGUAAGACUGACUAUGUUGCUAUAUUAAAAAGAUUGCUUCAAAAA